AUGUGGAAACCUAGGGGAGCGAUGUAUGUUAUGGACCUUCCUCGACAAUUUUUCAUGAUUCGUUUUGAGUUAGAGGAGGAGUAUAUGGCAGCCUUGACGGGGGGACCUUGGAAAGCAUUUGGUAGUUACUUAAUGGUACAAGCCUGGUCGCCGGAUUUUGAUCCGUUGAAGAGCGAGAUUGAGACGACACCGGUUUGGGUGCGACUGUUGAAUAUUCCGGUGAACUUCUAUCACAAGGCUAUCCUAAUGGGUAUUGCGAAAGGGCUUGGGAAACCGGUGAGGGUGGAUGAUACAACUCUAAAUUUCGAACGAGCACGUUUUGCGAGGGUGUGUGUCGAGGUUAACUUGAAAAAACCUUUGAAGGGUACGGUUUUGGUGAAUGGAGAGCGAUACUUUGUGUCCUAUGAAGGACUUACGAACAUUUGUUCGUUGUGUAGUCUGUAUGGGCACUUGGUACAUUCAUGUCCGAGGAAAGCACACAACCCAAGUCCCUUGGUGGUGACACAAACGACUCAGAGGAGUGUGAGUGGUCAGGGAGUCGCGCCGGUGGACGACGGGUUUACGCAGGUCCGGCGAGGAAGAAGAUCGGAGCCAGAAGGGGUAAGGCAGGAGGGGACGAAGAAUCUAGAACGGAGUGCGAUUAAGGAAGGUGAUUCAUCGAAUAUUCUCCUUGCAAAUAGAUUUGGCAAUCUUGAUGUCAAUAUGGAAUCUGCUGGAAAUGGGGUAGUAGAUACCACAAAUGUGGGAGGGAGCGUAACAGAGGCAAGUAGGACCCGGGGAUCAGCGGCGAAUAAGGAAGAUUUUGGAAAUAAGGAGAAUAUGGAUCCGUCACGUAAAGACCAAGGGGAGAAGAGUGGAGAACAAGUUAAUGAGGUGGUGUUUAACUCUAAAUCGGGUCGUGGGCUGAAAACAAAAAGACCGAUCCAGAAAGGGAAGAAGGUUGGAUCAGGUAAGAGUGUGGAGAUGGGCCGGCCCAAACAACAUACAUUAAUCAGGCCCACUAGAGGGUUAAUUUUUGGCCUGGUUCAUGGUAAUGAAGCAAUCGAGAUGUCCGCGAAUGGGAAACGUCUUCGGGUUGAACAGACGAGUCCGGGUCGAUCGGGAGGAUUCGUCGUGACGGAAAGUAGUGAGCUUGCGAAGAAUGGAGCCCUGGUUGAACAUCAACGAGCCGCUUCAUUGGAUGAUCCGCUGGAGAAGAUGGAUGAUAGUCACUUGGACGAACACGGCGUGUUGGAUUUGGCAUCGGAGGAGCCGAUGGAGAAGAAUGGCGCAUAA